GGUUUUGCUGAAAAUAUCUUUCAAUUCUAAAAAUACAUUCCAACAUGUUUGUGUGGCUUAAUCCUGAAACUGUCAGGAAUAUUUUAGCAACAUCAGCAACACUCACAACAGUGUUACAGUUCUUAACAGGAUUCCUUAUAUGUUACAGUUACUUAAAGAAAAAGAGCACAGGAGAGACAAGUUCCCUUCCAUUCACAAGUGGCCUCUUGUCAUGCUCUCUUUGGCUUAGAUAUGGAGUUUUAAUAAACGAAAGUGCUGUGAUUCUUGUUAAUUCAAUUGGAGUGUUUUUAUUCUCAAUUUACUGCAUUUCCUAUUAUAUCUUCACCGUAAACAAACGAAGAGUGACACAUCAACUGAUUCUAGUGCUCCUCAUGAUUGCAUUCUCAAUUGCUUAUAGCAAAUUUGAACCCGAUGACGUGCAAGCAUCCAAACUUAAAGGUCUGCUGUGCUGCUCUGUUGGCGUUUUUUUCUUUGCGAGUCCGCUUAUAAAACUUAAAUAUGUCAUCACGACUCGAAAUACUGAAUGUCUUCCCAGACCAAUAAUCAUUGCAUCGUUCUUCGUGACAUUGCAGUGGUUCAUUUACGGUUACUUAAUUAAUGAUAGUUAUCCCAAAUUUCCUCGGUUGCAUACUGUCAACUAUUCAACUAACUCUUUUUGUGAUUUAUCCACCGAAGAAAGAACCGAAGUAUAAGCAAUUAACAACAGAAGACGUUUUGACCUUUUAAACUUUUUUUUAAAAGCACUUUAAGCAAUAUGAAGCGAUCACUUUCCACCAAAUAUGUUGAGAAUUAUGAUGCCAUAAAAGGGAUAAUUUUUGUGCCGGGCAUUAAUGAAUGGAGGGAUUCGAUUUUUAAUUUCAACGUCAAACAUGAUUUUACUUUUGUAUUAAAAUAAAUAGUUUUGUUGAUUCAUAUA